CACAAUCCGAUAUAUUGUUUGUUUACGUCAAGGAAUCUCAGUGUAAGGACAAAAGCGAAGGGUGUGUGAGGGACAGGCUGUGCUUUCUGACUCCAAAGCGUGCCAGGCAGUUAUCUAUUGUUUCACGCUGUGAUGAUGGAAGACUGAGUGGGGAACUGGACGGCAAGAGGAUGUGUGAACGGAGGUCGGGUUGGGCCUGGCUCAUGACUUACUUUGUGUCGACUGAGAAGCAGUCGCGCGCUCUUUCUUUAUGGAGCUCCAUUCCAUGGUUUAUUGGUUGGGCGACCUUAACAGUCAUGGGCCCAGUCGUGGCUGUCAAGAUGGCAUAUAGAUUGCUUUAUGGAAUUCUUGCACGUGCAUUCUUCAGUGACAAAGCCCUGUGUGGAAAGGUAGUAUUGGUGACGGGGGCAAGUUCAGGUCUUGGUGAGGCACUUGCCCAUGAACUUUAUAAGAGAGGUGCCAGACUCAUUUUGGCUUCUCGAAACACAGAGAAAUUGAAUGAACUGAAGGACACCCUCUUGGCAACAUACAAGCCUCCGGAGCUCCAUGUCCCCACGGUGGUCAAGCUAGACCUAGAGGACCUCAACAGCAUCCCCACCAUCACGGAGGACCUGCUGAAGACCCAUGGCCAGAUUGAUAUCCUAAUUAACAAUGCGGGCAUGUCCUACCGGGGGGCGGUGGCGGACACGGAAGUUAGCGUCGACAUCAAACUGAUGGUGGUGAACUAUUUUGGACAAGUGGCUCUAACCAAAGCUGUCCUUCCUAGCAUGUUGGCCAGGAAGGCUGGGCACAUCAUGGCCAUCAGCAGCGUCCAGGGUAAAUUGGCCAUCCCUUACAGGUCAUGUUACACAGCCUCCAAACAUGCAGUACAAGGCUUCUUUGACUCUCUCCGGGCUGAGGUGGCUGACAGAAAUGUCCGAGUGUCAGUUAUCAGUCCAGGAUACAUAUCCACUAACCUGUCUGUAAAUGCAGUGACUGGUGAUGGCUCUUCCUAUGGAGCUAUGGAUACCACCACGGCAUCUGGCAUGAGCCCAGAGUAUGUGGCAGAGCAGAUUGUUGGGUGCAUCAUCAGUGGUUACGAAGAGCUUCUCCUGGCACCCUUCUCACACCGGCUCGCUAUCAUGCUGCGCACCUUCACCCCCUCAAUCAUUGCAAACAUCAUGAAGAGAAGAGCUGCUAAGGAGAAGGAUAUAUAUGUGUACAAAGAAGACUAGCAUAUAUGCAUUUUUUUUUCUUUCUUUUUUCUAUGGAUUAUAAUCACCCCUCCUUUUUUUUUUUACUUAAUCCUACAAUGUUUCUGACUUUUAAGUAUUUUUAUUACUUUCUCUAUUUUAAUCAAAGCCUUCAACCCAGUGUUGAGUUGAAUACUACUGUUGCUAUCAUAUAUUAUGAUUUCUCUUUACAGACAACUUGGUAUUUUUAUAUAAGUUUGUGAAUAUAUUUUGGUUAAUGAGUGAUUAUUAUUAUUAACUGAAGGAAUCAUCAAAGUUAAUUAGAAGUUAUUACAUGAUAAAACAAUUGUAAAUCUUAUUAUAAUUCAAAAUAGUGGUAUUAUUUAGGAGAAAGUCUGAUAAAAUUCAGGGAGCCUAAUCAUGUUUAUACAAAAGCAUUCAUCUUUUCAUUAGUGAGAUGUUAGUGUCUUUUCUAAAGGGCACUUUUGUUACUAGGAUAGUGCAGAAUGUUAUGCAACAUUUGAUUUCUGUGAAUGAGCACAACCUUUCUUAGAAAGUGAAUGUAAUGGGUUAUGAUUAUCAAGAUUUGUUUUGUGAUAGUUUCUAAGGAAAUGAAAUCAGCUCAUGUUUCUUUAUACAGUAUCCAAAGAACUAGUCCUCUACAAAAAUCUAGCAAUGUCUUCUAUAGAACAUAUAUAUUUUCUUCAUCUUUUCUCUUUAGGUAGCAUCAGUGGUGCUAAUUGAAUUAACUAAUAAGGAGACAGUGUUGCUUACACCAAUGGCAAGAAAGCAAUAUAACUUCAAAGGUCUAGAAAAGAUAUACUAUCUUAUCGUGUACAGAGAGAAGUUACAUUUUAAGGGUAUGCUUUGUGAAUCUGUUACCUAGUCACAGUGAGUGAAAAUUGUAUGGAAUAUUAUAUUUAACAUGCAGUAAUACAGAAUGUAUAAUAAUGAAUAUUGAUUAUUCAUGAUUUUUAAAAUGAUUUUAUCAAUGCUUUUUUUCCCUUUUCCAUAAAACUGAAAAAUUGCUUUGGUAAAAUAUAAAUUGUUCUCAUGUAUAGACUAUACAUAUAAAAUUAUAUUAUUUUUUAAAGGCUUCUUUUAAUAUAACUAUUAGCAGUAUCCAGUUUAUAUUGGAUAAGAAAGGUUGGACUGGUUGUAUAAUGAGUCAUUGUAUGCUUUCAGCGGCUUUAUCAAAUAAUGCAAGAAUGAAAGUUUCACAAGAUU